ACAUACGCCAACACCGCUGCCUGCCUGCCUGCCUCCAACUGCGCUCCUGACUCGGCGUUUCCAUGGGGAAGAAGAAGAAAUUCAUCGACAAGAAAAAGUCAGCUACUUUCCAAUUACUCGCACGCGAUUCUUCUGAUCCCAGCUAUGACGGAACCCCCGACAACGACCGUAUCUUCGUCCGUGUUGACAAUAACCCUGUCUCUGCUGCCAGCUUUGUUGGCUCUGAUGAACCUUGUGGCGGCGGCGAUGAUGACCCAAAUUCGAUAUUCGCUGACGCACCUGAGGACUAUGAAGGUGACGAGAAUGAUGCCGAGGUACUCGGCAACUCCAUGCUUGGGUGGAGUGGGAAUUCGAGUACUGCUGCUGGGACAUUGCCGGAGCAUGUGCGAAGGGAGGUUUUGGAGUUAGGUUUUCCAGAUGACGGGUAUAAUUAUUUGCUCCAUCUGAGAGAGAUUAAGAAUACCGGUGGCGGCUCCGCUUUUUAUCACAACCCCAAGUUUAGGGCUGAUCUUGUUCCUCAUGAUGUAAAGGCCUAUGAUGCAUCACGGUUACAAAUUUCCGAAGUGAAUGAAGAGUACAAUGACAAGUCCAUCUACAGUGUUGCAUCCAGGACUACAAAUGUGAGGGUUCAGAAAGGUGUAGAUCCUGAAGUGGCUGCAUUGCUUGACGAUAGUGAUUUGUCACGGUUUGGCUCUGAUGGUGAAGACUUGGAGGAAGACUUUGUUGUCCAGGCAAACCUUCCAGCAGAAGAAGAAGAAGACAAGCCCCACAUAUGUAACAGAACGAAUUCUACUGAUGAGUGUGUUAUAGAUAGAAACAAUGUGGAAAUAUUGCAUGCCUCUGCUAGUUCCAAAGUUUCUAAUGCUCUUGAGCCCCUGGAUGGAUCUACAAAAGGUGUUGUAGAAGUAGAUUGUGUCAAUGAAAAGCCAAGAGUUCGGCGGCUUUUGGAUGAACAGUUUGAUUUACUUGAACGUCAAGAGUAUGGAACUGAUGAUGAUGAUGAUGAUUAUGAUUAUAAUUGCUAUCAAGCUGAAGAUGAAUCUCUUGCUGCUAAGCUCAAACGUUCUCUUAAUGGCCGUGCGGUGGAUGACCUAGAGCUUAAUGAUGACGAAUAUAAGGUUCCUGCAGAUUUAGUGAAGGAUAAAGAGGCAUUGAAAAGUGAUGAGCAAGAUGGCUCUGCUGCUGAUGUAAUUCGCCUCUGCAAGGAAUAUGCUCAGAGGUAUGAAAAUGAAGAAGAAGAAGAAGAAGAAGAAGAAGAAGAAGACAAGGAUGUUGUUAUGGAAGAAAGUAGUGAUGAAUCAGAAGUUUGGGAUUGCGAGACAAUUGUGUCUACAUACUCAAAUUUAGAUAAUCACCCUGGGAAAAUUGGAGCACCUGAAGCAACUAGGAAGAAAAAAUUGUCUCAAGCUGUUUCUGCAGCAAUGAGUUCCUCUAGUCAUAAAAUAUCCCUUAAAGGAAAAGAGAAAAUCCCUUUGGACUUCUUGCCUGGUAGUAGAAUGCCUGCUGCAGGAAAAGAGAAAGCCGUGAACACUAUGAAAGCUGAACAGCACAGGAGAAAACAGCAUGGGCAAGAGUCAAAGGAGGAGAAGAAAGAACGGAAGGCUGCCGUGAAGGAGGAAAGGCGAGAGGCACGCCGCCUGAAGAAAGAAAUGAAAGGGCUUUACAACCAUGAAGCACAUCGAGGACAAAGAGUUGCUGCUGUAUCGGGCCCUACUACCAUUCCUCUUUUGUAAGCUAUAAGCUAUACGUGUUUUCAUCCAUGAGUGGGUCUUCCAUUCCACUGUCAUGAAGUGAGGUGUUAUCAGUCGUUGCUAUUUCUCAUAAGAGUAAGAAUGUCUCUAUGCAUGGCUAUGGUGGUGCCUUGGUUUCGGCUGAGACAGGUUGUGAUAGCUUAUCUAUGCCCCAAGCAGAAUGGGUUUGUGGGGUUUUUGAUGUUAGCGUUUGGUUAGUAGACUAAAAGUUAUGGAAAGUCUUCCAUUUUUUGGGAGUUGGGGGGUUAAGCUGAGUUGACAUGGUUUAUAGAACCAAUCAUGAGAUUAUUAAUAAUAUGUUUUUUUCGCACGAAUUAUGACUGAUCAAAUUUUGAAGGGGGACCUUUCUU